AUGGCAUUAAAUAUAAUGUUCAAUUUGAGUACUGGUCAAUUAGCAGCGCUAAUUGGGCUUAUCAGCACUUUACUACCCAUUAUUAUUGGUGUGACAGGAGCUAUAGUGAUAUUGAGGAACAUUCGUGAUGAAAUGACAGCCUUAGAGUGGACAACUUUAAGUAAACUAACUCAGAACAGUCUGCUUAGCAGUUAUGGGGCAGGUGGUCAACCGGCGUUAACAGGAAUUAAUUUGUGGGGUAUCGGACCGUAUAAGCGUAACAUCAUUUAUUUACUUGUUGGAAUAUGUCCGGUAGUGUUGUAUGGAGCAUCGGCUAUUGCACCGCUUGGUAUUCAGACUUGUACGGUAAUAUAUAAUGCUGCUGUUGAGAUGGAUGUUGUCGAGCCGGAUUUACUUAGUCGUGCGGUUAAUGACACAUUUUCUCUGGAUGAACUAUCACAAAUUAGGAUAUGUGGUGCGUAUAAUUGGAAGCCAUGUCCGGGAAUGAAGGAUCGUGUGCAUGUUGAUGAAACAUAUGCAGCUGAAUUUAACAAAACUUAUAGUAACAAUGCCAUGAGGUACCGUCUGUUGAAAACUAGUAGCAAUGAUAAUGUUUCGUACCCUAGCUAUGACUUUAUGAUGGGUGUUGCUACAAGCACACAAACGGGUUAUAAUAUUAUCGACAGAAUGAUUGUAGAUCAUGAUAACGGUGGACUCUUAAUGAAUCAGGCGAUUCAACCCAGAGGUAAAGUCGGCAAGAAAUCCAGCUGGACGAUUGAAGGCAUGUGGCUACAACCAUAUGUCAGUUGUCAAUCAACUAACAUUACACAGAUCGCAUGGCAAAAUCAAACGACGGUGAAUUGGAUAGCAAAAAUGGUCAUUAACAACACCGACUUGCGACCACCAGACAUACAUCCGCUUGGUGAUCAAGGACAAAUGAUCGAUCUCUCAUCAAGGAGCAUCAGAUACAGUCAGUUGAUACAAUCAAUUGUCACAAAGCGAAUGAAUAUGACAGCCAAUGGAAAUUUUUUUGAGUCUCCAGCUUACAGAGUCCUUGAGCCGAAGUCUGUCAAUAGUGUUCAAAAGUUUGCCGAUCUCAGUUUGAGUUCGAAUUUGACAAACCUUUUCUCAAAUGCGGAUAUUAGGUGUGCUGGGUAUGGUGGUUCAGACAGCGUUGCAAUGAAUAUAGUUGGCGUCAAAUGUUGGACAUUAUUUGGAUCACCUAAAGUUACUGCGAGAGGGAUCGAACAAAUCAUGUACAGCUGCGCUAGUGCAGUUAAAGCUAGCUUAAAGGAUAUCGAAUUGCAAUCUAAUGAACAGAAACAAAUUAGUGUAAUGAAUAUGCAAACCAUUCCGGCGCAAUGGUAUAUUGAAAAGGCUAACCUUAAUAUUAGUGACAUGAAGCCUUGGUGGGGAGGAGUCAAAUCCGGAGAAAAUAUUCCUAACAACAGCAUAUUAGUAAGCGAGAAUAGUCUUUGGUUACCAGCAGGGAGUUCCUUCAUUUGGAGCGGAGGUGACGAUGCACAAGCUGGUAGUACUGCCAUUGGUGUAGCAUUAAGCAUAAUAACAGAUUUCGAGGAUAUUAUCAGUGGUUAUCGGGGAGACGGUAUCGGAAACCUGGCUCUACUGCAACAAUGGAAAGAUGAGGGCUCAACUGAAGAAGGCAUGAGUCGUAUAUUCCAACGCCAGUGGACUGAUGUCAUGGUCAAUAUGGUUUCUCCUACUAAACAAGCUAAGGUCACUGGUCCCACUCAAUUUGUGAUAGAGAAAACAUGCUAUGACAUACGAUUUGCCAUACAAUACUAUAUAGCCAUCGUCGGACUCCUAAUCUUACUAUGUGUGUGUAUGGCGAAUACUAAACGUACGAAUUCGUUGAGCAGAAUGAAACAGAUUGUUCGGCAAAUGGACCUUGGUAGAGCAAUACUAAACACACAAUAUCCUAAAGAGGCAAGCACAGCAGACUCAUCGACGUGGAUAAAAACUGAUGGUAGAAAGUUAAUAUCAAUGGGAAAAGAGGGCUUUAUUUUAGAUAGUGUUUCGGCAAACCCUAUUUUCAAUUCACUAUAA